GCCUUGCCGUGACCCACUGUAGUGCGUAAUCACAACUGACGAUGACUUAAUCUCUGAGGAGCGGAUUUAGCACGCUUUCCUUGUCGAAUGUGAAGAUGAAAUAUUAUGGGCAGCCCAUAGACAGCUAGAGAAGAUGAGGGUCUUCAUUUACCGCGUCUUUGCAGUCAUCUCACUCUUCGUCUUGGCGCCUUACCUGCUCGCCGCUUAUGUCGCGACGGUGGCGUGGCGGCACGUGUACCUGCGCGUGGCGCGCUGGCUCUGGCCGGACCUGGAGGUGGUGUCGCCGGUGACGGUGCGCGCGCUCAUGGACACGCGCCGCAACCAGGCGCUGCUCACCGCCGUCGUCGGGCUGCGCACCGCCGUCGACCUGGCCGCCCUGCAGGCGCGCGUCAGCGAGCGGCUGGUGGAGCUGUGUGAGCCGGGCGGCGGGCUGCGCUACCCGCGGCUGCGCUACGCGCUGACCACGGCGUGGGGGCGGUACGCGUGGCGCGAGGAGGACGCGUUCCACCUGGAGGCGCACGUGGUGGCGGCGCCGUCGCUGCCCGCGCCCGCCGUCGACCACCCGUGGGCGCAGCAGGCGGCCAGCGACGUGGCCGGCAGGUUCCUGCCGCACCACCUCUCGCCCUGGCAGGUCGCCCUGCUGCCCGGCGGCCGCGUCGUCGUCAUCCGCCUGCACCACCUGCUGCAGGCAGAGGGCCCGCGGCUGCUGGACAUGGUGUCGGCCGUGUGCGCGGCGGCGCUGCUGCAGGAGGACGACGAGAUACCACCGCCGAUGCCCGCCCCCUCGCCGCCUCCCGCGCCGCCUACGCCGGUGCUGCGCGCACUGCCCGCGCUGUGGGCGGCGCUGCAGGAAACGAGUAAGGACGCUCUGCGGGCGGCGGUGGCCCGCUGGGAGCCAAAGGGCGGCGCCGCCCCCAGGGACCUGCCGGCGUUGCUGGCCGUAGUGGCGGGCGCGUGGGCGGCAGCCGGCUGCGAGGAGCUGGCCACCAAGACGCGCCGCCCCCACAUCACCACGGCGGACGCCCUGCGCGCCAUCUCGCCGCCCGCCGUCUUCUGGGCGUCUCUCAGGGUGUGGUGGUGGGUGGCGGUGGUGGCGACGGUGCGGCUGCCGCUGUGGUGGGCGGUGCAGGUGGCGCAGCUUGUGGUGCGGGGGCGGCGGUCGGCGUUGGCGGCGCAGUGGCGGCUGGCGGCAGCCGCGGGGGCGGAGCUGCGCUGGCUGUGCCUGCAGCUGCUGGACGGCCCGCUGGCGAUGCUGAGGCAGGCGCUGCACCCGGGGAACGCCAGCGCCAGGUCCAUGCGCGCCGGCUCCUUCACCGGCCGCAAGGUGGUAGCGUGGUCGCGGCGCGUGCAGCUGUCAGAGGGUGCGGACGCGACGUCGCUGCUGGCGGCCGCCACGCUGUCGCUGCGCGGCUACUUCCAGUCACUGCACGCGGCCAGCUGCGAGGACGCGGUCUGCUCGUGCCCGUGCCCUCUGCCCGCACGCGUGCUCUGCCUGGCCGGCGUGGCGCAGCGGCCUGGCCUACUCGCGCUGCCGCUGCCCACCAACCCGGCCUGCGACUUCGCCGCGCCGGGACACCCGCAGGCCGCGGAGACGCUGUGGCUGGUGCGGCACGAGCUUCGGCUUGCUCGCCGCCAGCAGGCGCUGCUGCAGCGCUUCCUGAGCGACGGCAGCGCCUUGCCGCGGCUGCUGCCCUCGACGCUGGUGCGCGUUCUGCUCAACGCCGCGUCGCGCUGCUACCCCGUGCGCGUCUCCAUCAUUCCAGCCGUCGACGAGCUGGUGCCCGCCUCCGAGAGCCUCGUCCUCUGGCAACCGCCACAGGGAAACGUCUGCCUGUCGCUAUCACUGCUGCUGGAGAAAGACGGGACGAGCUGCCGGCUGGCCGUCAUGGCAGACGCUUUCGUGACGCCGCAUCACGCCGCCAUCGCAGAGGCCUUCCCCGACGCGGUGAACACCAUAGCCCAGGUCAUGCAGGAGCAACGACAACGGUCUGCCCAAAGAUCGAGGUCCCAGUCGCCGGACCCGUCUCACAAGUCAGCCUCUGCGUCACGGCCAGAGACGCCGCUGCCUUCGCCCGGCAAGACCCCACCGCCGACCCCGACACCUGACAAGACGCCGCCCCCGACGCCACAUCCGUCAAGCCCGGGUUCGGCGUCCCCGCCGCCAGCGCCAUCUCCGCCAUCAACGCCAUCUCCGCCACCUGCACAGGAGCUGUCGCCGCCAGGCUCACAACACGCCUCACCACCCACGCCACCAAGAUCACCACACUAGACUUGUGAGGACGCGAUCGUCAAGAUAAACGCACUAAAGUGAAAGCACUAUCACUGUACUUGCCUUUCUCUUCCGAUAUUGUGUUGAAGCGCCCUCCAGUGCACACCACCUGAUGAUAGUUUCCAUUCAAGUACCUGCAACGUAGUUUGACCCCUAUUAAAAUACGCAAAAUAAUAUCACAGAUGAGCAGCACUUGUGUUUAUCUUCGCAUGUUUAUAAAUAUACACCAUAUGAUAUCGUGGGGUAUGAAGUUACUGAUUUCUCUUUAACUAGACCAUAUAUUUCUACAGAACGCUAGAAGAAACCAAAUUCUGAAACAGAUCUGUGUCAGUUUAGUUAAAAUAUGCAUAUGAUUCUGGAGCAUUAACAAUUGUCAAUUAUUAUAAAACAAUUUUAUUUUGAGUUCCAGUUGCCAAUUUUUACAGUUACGGCCAGUCUUGGCAGUUAAGUCCUCAUCAGCUAUCUGAUGAUGUCAUAAACGUCGAAAUGAGUCAUAGCUGCGAAAAAUUUGCGACUGGGAAUGAGUUUUUUUUAAGGUAAUUAUAAAAAUAAAAAUAUUUUAUCUUGGCAAUUUUAUGUUGCCACUUUUAAUGGCAUGCAUUUACACUCACUGAUGUUUCAAGAUAAUCACUCUGCCACAGCUGUUACAACAUUACAAAUUAGUUACAUGUGGCAAUAGAAUCCUCUGAUUUCCCUGUGCUGUUAUUAUUGCUGGUAAUUCACAUUCCUCGUUACUUUAUCAGGGAGACAACAUUAUUUACAAAAAUCUAAAUUUAUCAACAACUGUAAUCUGCCAAAAAUGCAAUAAAUAGUGCCUAAACAAAAUUAUGAAAAAUAAUUAGAAAGAGGUUUCAAAAUCUGUAAACUUGGAUGAGAAUUGGCAGACUACAAGAGUUUCUGAUUCUUAGUUUCUGUUACAUGUUUGAUAAAAGCAAGAGCAGAAAUAUAUAGAAUAUUGAAUCUUACCUACACAGAAAAGAAUAAACAAUGAGAAUGUAUAUUUACUGCAUGAAGGAAAAGUGCUCAGAAAUUUACAAUAUAUGUAAUUGAAUCAUGUAACAAUAGUAUUAUUUGAUUAAAAACAACUUCGUGUAGUAGACAGUUUUUUCUUCACCUUGAAAAGCAUGAAAAAAUUUCCAUAUAUGCAUAAAUGACACUGAGCCUCUUACCUGUGGCUUCUAUCACUAUAAUGGUAAAAAGACUAUGAGACUAAAUGACGGAAAAUUAUGUUUUCACACUCAUUUCAUCAAAUGACUAUGGAGAAAGAAGACACAAAAAGUUACUGUUAUGUACUUUAAACAUUAAAUUAUGUAUAUUACAUUAGCUGUAUUCCAUUGAAACCACAGAGAGCGAUCUAUGGCACCUGGAAAUUAAUCAGAAACAUACAUUUUUUCAUGAGCAAUACAAUAAAAUAGUUUAACAUUAUAUGUAUAUAUAAUGUUAAACUAUUUUAUUGUAUUGUAUAUAUACCAGAAUUAUGCUUUUGGUUUCUGAAAAUAUCAUCCUUAUAAAUUGAUUUUCUACAUAAUUGAUUUUUAGCACAUUACUGAGGGGGAACAUGCAGAAUAAAUUAGUUUCUUUAUUUAUGUUGUUAUUGUACAUGCUGCAAACUAAGGUACUACAGUAUUUCUUCUCAUUGGGUUUUCCAGUUAAGACUCUGAUCAAUCUCUAGUCCUAAAAACUUAGCACUUUAUACUUCUUCCAUUUCAUUCUUUGAAGAAACUAUUUUUAUAAUUACUGGAAUUCUAUGGGAAGGACUGAGUUGUAUGUACUGAAUCUUAUCAGUGUUUAAUGAUAAUCCAUGUACUGUUUGAGAUUGAUAUGGAACUGAUACAUUAUGAUUUCUGUCAUUCAUUUCAGAUGAAAAGUGUGAUAUGCUGUGUCAUAUACUCUACUUUAACUUUUACCUGAGGAAAUCAUACUUCAGGAAUUAAAAUCCAUAGCCAAAUUACAAAAUAUUUUGAUUCUGUAUUUUCUGAUUUAUUUAUUCUUAUGUCAUCUGUCAAUGUUUUUCUGAUCUAAGUGCUCAUAAAUUCUGUCCUUGAUCGAUUUUUUAAAUUCUUGUUGCAAUGAGAAGUAUUUGUGGUACUACACUAAUGUAUAGUCUCCAUUUUUGUGAAGUGCCUUGACUGUAGCAUGUUUAUAUCUAUCUGAGUAAGAAGUAAUGUGAAAUGAUCCAUUACACAAGUAACUAAAUAUAUUUCAAAAUCCAGCUGAACAACAA